AUGCCCGAAGCGCGACCUUUAGAUCCAUUCCGUUCGGAACGUCUUGUAUACCGUGCUGUUAACGACCAACCGCAAGAUAUAGCCUUCAUCCACUCAAUUCAGCGGGAUGCAGAGGCUCAAUCCGGCUCUAGCUACGCGCUCUUGAGGCCCGAAAGCAUAAAGGCGAGCACCGAAUUUAAGGAUCGUAUCGAAAAAUGUCUCCUUGGUGCUCUUAUCUGUCUACCAGUCACAGGUCUCGCCGAGAAGGACUCGGAAACUCUACCUAUUGGUAUCAUUUGUCUCAAAGCCACCCCACUAAGCCAUGCACAUCAUAGAAAUUCGGAUAUCAGUAUUGAUAUCGCGAAAGAGUACCGUGGGCAGGGAUACGGUGGCGAGGCUAUUCGAUGGGCGCUGUGGUAUGGUUUCCAGAUGGCGGGCUUGCAUCGCAUCUCGAUUGAGACAUUCUCGUUUAAUGAGGGCGCGAUGAAGCUGUAUGAAAGACUGGGAUUUACGUGUGAAGGCAAACAUCGUGAAGCCAUGUGGUUUAAUGGCCGUUGGCAUGAUGAUGUCGUGUACGGCAUGUUGGAGGAUGAGUGGCGGGAGGAGCAAAGGAAAGCCGGUAACGACGUAUGA